GCCACGGGAGAGGGUGAGUUAUGGCAGUUUUAAUGUUUGACGUGAGACAGGCCGUUGCGAAGAUGAAAGCGGACUCCGAUUUACUCUGACUUCAUGCACCCUUUUUUCAUUCAGUAAAACAUGCCCACUGUCAACAUGGCAGAGCAGUCGACUGCGGUGCCCUCUCCUAAUAUGGCGGCACUUAGCCCGGCUAGAUCAUUGACUGUUAUUUUCUUAAUUGUCAGCGGCUAUCUGGUAAGCUCUGCAAAUGGAAAGGAGGGGACAGAGGAGACUGUCAUCAUAGGUAUUAGGCUGGAGAAUUCGGACGAAAUAUCCUAUAUGGAUGAAGGCUUUUUGCGCGUCAGCGAGCGCUCGCGUGUCAAGUUGAGGGUCUAUGGGCAAAACAUUAACAACGAGUCGUGGUCUAAGAUUGCCUUCACUGAGCACAGGCAAACAAGUGUCCCGAAGGACGCGGAUAGCCCAUCAGACUUGAACCUGCAGAACCAUGGAGAUGCGUCUACGGGAGAGACAUGCGGCAUCCGCUCCUCUGAUAUAAUUAUCCUUCCCCAUACGAUUGUGAACCGAAAAACAUCGGGCUUGAUUGAAAUAGACGUGAAACCUCUACGGAAAACAGAAAAGAGUAAAGCUUACUACCUUUGCAUUGCCACGGCAUCUGUCGGUCCACCAGGUACAUCGGACGGUUGGUCUGAGAACACCUGGGUUUACCACAAUGGCCUAGAUACCAAGGUGCUUGUGGUGGAGGAGAAAAAGUUCCUCUUGCCGUUCUGGCUCCAGGUGAUCUUCAUCGGGAUGCUGCUCUGCCUCUCGGGGAUGUUCAGUGGGCUAAACUUAGGCCUUAUGGCACUUGACCCCAUGGAACUGAGGAUAGUUCAAAAUUGUGGGACGGAGAAAGAAAGGAAAUAUGCAAAGAAGAUCGAACCUGUGCGAAGUCAAGGUAACUAUUUAUUGUGCUCUCUUCUAUUAGGAAACGUCCUAGUAAACACAACACUGACUAUUUUGCUGGACGACAUUGCUGGGUCGGGUUUGAUAGCCGUGGUAGUGUCCACUAUUGGCAUUGUCAUUUUUGGAGAGAUUGUACCUCAAGCCAUCUGCUCACGGCAUGGACUGGCGGUGGGGGCAAACACAAUUUUUUUGACCAAAUUUUUCAUGAUCCUGACCUUUCCUGCUUCAUACCCGGUGAGUAAACUUUUGGACCAUGUACUUGGACAAGAGAUUGGCACUGUGUACAACCGAGAGAAACUGUUAGAGAUGCUGAGAGUGACGGAUCCCUACAAUGACUUGGUGAAAGAGGAGCUGAACAUCAUUCAGGGUGCUCUGGAACUCAGGACCAAAACGGUGGAGGAUGUGAUGACUCCCUUGAGGGAUUGUUUCAUGAUCACUUCAGAAGCCAUCCUUGAUUUUAACACCAUGUCUGAAAUUAUGGAAAGCGGAUAUACCCGCAUCCCUGUGUUUGAAGGGGAGAGGUCCAACAUCGUGGACCUGCUGUUUGUUAAAGACCUGGCCUUCGUGGAUCCGGAUGACUGCACGCCACUGAAGACCAUCACCAAGUUCUACAGCCAUCCGCUACACUUUGUCUUCAACGACACAAAGCUGGAUGCUAUGCUGGAGGAAUUUAAGAAGGGUAAGUCUCACUUGGCCAUCGUACAGCGGGUCAAUAAUGAGGGGGAGGGGGACCCCUUCUAUGAGGUUUUGGGCAUCGUCACCUUGGAGGACGUAAUCGAGGAGAUCAUCAAGUCAGAGAUCCUGGACGAGACAGACCUUUACACUGACAACAAAACAAAAAAGAGGAUAGUCCACCGCGAACGCAAGCAGGACUUCUCCGCCUUCAAGCCCGUGGAGAGCGAGCUGAAGGUCAAAGUUUCCCCUCAGCUCCUGCUUGCCACCCUGCGUUUCCUAGCAACAGAAGUGGAGCCCUUUGGUCCAGCUCAGAUGUCGGAGAAGAUCCUGCUGCGUCUCCUGAAGCAUCCGCACGUCAUUCAAGAGCUCAAGUACGACGACAAGAACAAGAAGCAGCCCGAGCACUACCUCUUCCACCGCAACAAGCCUGUCGACCACUUCAUUCUCCUCCUCCAGGGGAAAGUGGAAGUGGAAGCAGGCAAGGAGGGGAUGAAGUUUGAAGCGGGGCCCUUUUCUUAUUAUGGAAUGCUAGCCUUGACCUCCUCCCCAGUUCCUCUCUCCCUGUCUCGAACCUUCGUGGUCAGCAGGGCGGAGUCUUUAGCUGGAUCCCCAGAGAACAAAUCACCCCCACGACCUUUUGGACUGAAUCACUCUGACUCUCUCAAUCGAUCCGACCGCCUUGAUGCAGUCACACCAACUCUGGCUAGCAGUAACAACCAGCUCAAUGCCUUCCUGCAGAUCUAUGUUCCAGACUAUUCCGUCAGAGCCACAUCAGAUCUGCUCUACAUCAAGGUCACGAGGCAGCAGUAUCAGAACGCUCUGACCGCUUCCCGCAUGGAUAAGACGCCCCAGUCUACCGACGGCGAGUUCACCAAGAUCGAGCUGACCCUCCCAGAGCGGCCGGCCGGUGCCGUGGACGACUCGGUCAGCCCGCUCCUACCGCAGCCCAACAAUGCGCACGUGCACGGCAACUCCCACUGCAAUGCACACUCACACACGAACACACACUCGCACUCGAACCACACGGGCCACAACGAAGGCGCCAUCUGAGCGUCUCCACACACACACACACAUACACACACAUAAACACACACACACACACACACAGACACACGCACUCGGGACACACACACACACAUACACACCCCAGAGAGUGGAGGUGGGAGCAGAAAAAGUUUCCACCAUCGAAGGUCACAAGAAAACACCAUCCACAGUCCACAGGAGACAGGGGCAGACGGACUGACAGACCAGUCCACCGUCAAUGCCACACUGCACCGCGCCAUGCCGAGCCGAGCCGAGCCGAGCCGAGCCGAGCCUCACUGGCACCCCACCCACUCUGGACCACCAGAGCUGCCAGCAGGCCUCUGAACGGGGCAGAGCUGUACCUACCCUCCCCCAACCGGUGACCACCUGGAGCAGAGGCCAACCCGACGCCAACGGACCACAGGCCGCCUACACAGGGCCGCUGCCAGGGCGCCGUAGGGACCUUGGCAUCCUUUGCAGGAGGGAGCCUAGAGGCGGCACUCUCCUCUCCCACCCCACACCCACCCCCUCAGCGAGGGCACCUCAGACAGGCCUAAGGCCCAGCCACACGCCCCCCUUUGCAGCCUCACGGCGAACUCAGGUCACUGUUUGCGGUGCUCUGCAUGACCAGGACAGUGGACACGCUGAGAAAGUGCUCCGUGUGAAGGACCAUAAAUAGCAACAUACUAGCGACGCAUGCACACUCACACACACACACACACACUCACACACUUGUGCGCAUGUACACAGAGAUUGAGAAAAAUAGACCUUAACAUGGACAACUGUCCUCAGGCUCUACACAGAGAAGUCUUACACACCGCUACUCUACUCUUUGGUGAGUAGCUUCACCCCUGCACUGGUGAACUUCAACCUCCCCGCCCCCUUACACACACACACACACACACACACACACACUCACUCUAAGCUAUGCUUGAAUAGGACGUUUCACAGGUACAGGCUCCGGACCCUCCAUCCUCUUCCCCAACCCCACACACAGGGCAGCAGUGGCUCACAGAGACGAGGCAGCAGUCUCCAUCUGCUGUGGACCCAAGCAGAACCCUCUUGAAGGAGGAGGAUUCUUAUCCUAAAGCCUUGGAUUCAAACGGUCAUUGUAACUUCAACGAAAAGUCUUUAACACCACUGGGCCCUCCAUUCAUUCAUUCAUUCAUUCAUUCAUUCACUCACUCACUCAUUUAUUCAUUCAUACAUUCAUUUAUUCACUCAGUCAGUCCAAUGGAUUGGGUCAUUCCACUGAAGAGCGUGUGUGAGUGUGAGUGUGUGUGUGUGUGUGUGUGUGAGAGGGACCACACGGGCGCCACAGAGCAAGAGGAAGCGCGUUUGAACUGCUUGACCAAAGACACUGGACAAUGGAGACGGCAAAAACAAAUGCAUU